CCAGCGCGCUCCCUGCUUCUUUCUUUGCGCCCCGCCCUAGCACGGCGCCGCACCAGCCCGCGCCGCUGGCACUCCGCCUGGUCCGGCGACCAGCUCCAACCAGCGCUCGAACCUCGACCGGCGACCAGCAGAGCUUCGCGCGGCGCCGCUCGGCCGUUCCUUCUCCGAGUCGAGCCCUCGCCGCCACCGCCAGGCCAAGGGGCGCCGCUGCGGCUGCGGCUGCGCUGGAACCUCAAGUCACCCCCCCUGCCGCUGGAGAACGCAACUUGUUGAUAACCGGAGCAAAAAUCAAUCCUUUCCUCCUCCUCCAGCCGGCAGCGACCCAGCCGUGGCCGGUGGCCAAGUGGCGCAGCGGGGCUGGGCUAGUAGGCAGGGACGGGCGAUCAUCAAGCACCGGAAGCGGCGGCGUGCGCGUGAUUCAGCGAGUCCCUCGCCCCCUGCUGUGAUGCGAUGGCUGCUUUGAGGGAUUAGUCUGCAUACUAUUAUGCUUUUCUACUUGCAAAAGGUCACAAAACCAAUCAGGGUACGGUUCAGCUCAGUUGCAAAUGCAGCAGGCUUUUGUCGAGAUGUUUCGCCUGUUCAUUUCGCUGCCCUGUUAAAGGAAUGCAGGUCUGUGAAUGCAGUCCAUCAAGUUCACCAGCAGCUAAUUUCUUCGGGUCUUCUUUCUUAUCCAGCAUCGUUGUUGGAAGUGUCGUUUCCACCAUUGCCAUCUCAACCAUUUUUAUCACCAAGAUCUUUGGGUACUGGUGUUGUAGCUGCUUAUCUUGCGUGUGGCUCCACACAUGAUGCUCUCUCAGUGUUGGAGCAUGUUGUACCGUCUCCAGCCGUCUGGUGGAAUCUACUCAUCCGAGAACACAUCAAAGAGGGUCACCUUGACCAUGCCAUUGCGGUAUCUUGUCGGAUGCUGCGUGCUGGAACCAGACCGGACCAUUUUACUCUGCCGCAUAUACUAAAGGCCUGUGGAGGGCUACCCUCGUACCGCUGUGGUAUCACAUUCCAUGGACUUAUAUGCUGCAAUGGCUUUGAGUCAAACGUCUUUAUAUGCAAUGCAUUGGUGGCGAUGUAUGCCCGCUGUGGUUCACUGGAGGAAGCCAGCCUGGUGUUCGAGGAAAUAGCUCAGAGGGGAAUUGAUGAUGUCAUAUCAUGGAAUUCAAUUGUUGCAGCCCAUGUUAAACAUAAUAGUCCACGGACCGCGUUGGAUAUGUUUUCGAAAAUGGCAAUGAUUGUCCAUGAGAAGGCUACAAAUGAUAGAUCUGACAUCAUUAGCAUUGUGAACAUUCUUCCUGCAUGUGCUUCUCUGAAGGCACUACCUCGAACUAGAGAAAUUCAUGGAAAUGCCAUUCGGCAUGGUACAUUUCCAGAUGUUUUUGUAGGCAAUGCUCUGGUUGAUACUUAUGCAAAAUGUGGUUCAAUGAAGGAUGCGGUAAAGGUUUUCAGUAUGAUGGAAAUCAAAGAUGUUGUCUCUUGGAAUGCAAUCGUGACUGGGUACUCCCAAAGUGGGAACUUUGAGGCAGCCUUUGAGACUUUUAAGAAUAUGCGCAACGAAAACAUCUCAUUAGAUGUGGUGACCUGGACUGCUGUAAUUGCCGGGUAUGCUCAGAGAGGAUGUGGCCAAGAGGCACUCAAUGUUUUCCGACAAAUGCUCUUUUCUGGGUCAGAGCCAAAUUCUGUCACAAUCAUCUCUGUGCUGUCUGCUUGUGCUUCCUUGGGAGCACAUUCUCAGGGUAUGGAAACACAUGCCUACUCUCUGAAGAAUUGUCUUUUAUCUUUGGAUAAUCAUUUUGGUGGUACUGACGAUGAGGAGGAUCUCAUGGUGCACAAUGCAUUAAUAGAUAUGUACUCAAAGUGCAGAAUCUUCAAAGCUGCACGUUCUAUAUUUGACUCUAUACCCCGAAAGGAACGUAAUAUAGUGACUUGGACUGUGAUGAUAGGUGGAUAUGCACAAUAUGGGGACUCAAAUGAUGCGCUUGAGCUUUUCUCACAGAUGCUCUCGAAACCACACGCAGUUGCCCCAAAUGCAUUUACAGUUUCCUGCAUUCUGAUGGCCUGUGCACAUCUGUCAGCCCUGCGUGUGGGUAAGCAAAUCCAUGCUUAUGUGGUUCGUCAACAUCAAUAUGAAGCAUCUACAUAUUUUGUGGCAAACUGUCUUAUUGACAUGUACUCGAAGUGUGGUGAUGUGGAUACAGCUAGGUAUGUAUUUGAUGGCAUGUCACAAAGGAAUGACAUUUCAUGGACAUCAAUGAUGGCAGGGUAUGGGAUGCAUGGUCGUGGCAAUGAGGCCCUGGAAAUAUUUGACAAGAUGCAAAUGGCAGGCUUUGUUCCUGAUGAUAUAUCAUUCCUGGUUGUUCUAUAUGCUUGCAGCCAUUCUAGAAUGAUUGAUCGAGGCCUGGAUUACUUUGACAGCAUGAGCAGAGAUUACGGUGUGGCUGCCAGUGCAGAGCAUUAUGCUUGUGUCAUUGACUUGCUGGCCCGCUCCGGGCAGAUAGAUAGGGCAUGGAAUAUUGUCAAGGACAUGCCAAUGGAGCCUACUGCAGUAGUCUGGGUUGCAUUGCUUAGUGCCUGUAGAGUACAUUCAAAUGUAGAACUUGCUGAAUAUGCUCUUAACAAGCUAGUUGAGAUGAAUGCAGAGAAUGAUGGAUCUUACACUCUCAUCUCCAAUAUAUAUGCUAAUGCAAGGCGUUGGAAGGAUGUAGCCAGAAUCCGAAACCUGAUGAAGAACUCAGGGAUUAAGAAGAGACCUGGUUGUAGUUGGGUCCAGGGUAAGAAAGGAACUGCGUCGUUCUUUGUUGGAGAUAGAUCGCAUUCUCUAUCCCCUCAGAUCUAUGCUCUUCUGGAGAGAUUGAUUGACCGCAUUAAAUCUAUGGGUUAUGUCCCUGAGACAAAUUUUGCACUCCACGAUGUUGAUGAGGAGGAGAAAAAUAACCUUCUUGCUGAGCACAGCGAGAAGCUUGCUCUCGCAUAUGGCCUCCUCACAACUUCCCCUGGUUGUCCAAUAAGGAUCACAAAGAACCUGCGCGUUUGUGGUGAUUGCCACAGUGCUUUCACGUACAUCUCAAAGAUUGUUGAUCAUGAGAUCAUUGUGCGGGACUCCAGUCGCUUCCAUCAUUUUAAGAAUGGCGUGUGCUCUUGUGGUGACUAUUGGUGAUGGCUUCUUAGGCUGAAGCAUAAACUGAAAGUGCAUUCCAAUUGGUUUUUGUACACAGAAUGUACUGAUGUACCAUUCUUUGUUACUGAUUAGCCGCUGAAGAGUUUAAUAGUUUCUCCUCGCGAUUACUAUUUCUUUACUAAUAUUUCACAGUUCUCUUAA